GGACCACAUAAAAUACUCAAUGUCAAACAGACGAGGCGCUUCAAAACGACUCGCUUCGUCCGAAGAAGUAGAUUGUUGGUCACGCGCGGCUUCCUCGUUGUCCAGGUUAUCGAACACAUACACAAAUCCCACAGCCAUCGAAACGAUUGGUCGAGUGAAUAGACUGCUCUCCGCUUGGCCUGCGGAUGACACAUUACCGGCCGAAGGCUAUGAUGGCGUGAAGAGUGUAUAUAAGAAACUCACUUCAGGCCUCACCGAUAUCAAGGCCACUGCGGAACGAGAUGCGCAGACCAUAGAUGAGGUAUUAGAGCAACUUCAGAUCCUGAUAGCUUUGCGUCAAGCAUCAGAAGCAACGCCUCCAGAGAAACGGCAAAAGCGCUCAAGAGCGCAUUCUCCCGCCAUCCUUGCCGCAUCAACGCCUGCGACCGUCAACCCACCCACACGCUCAGCAUCCAUCACCGUGCCACCGCGUGGCUCUGUCGGUCCGCCGCAGCCAAUACCUUUCUCCCGUGAGCCAAGAGCACGUAGAGAGGCAUUGGCUCCACAGCUGCCUCUGCAAGAAGGCCGAAAGGUUGCAUUUCAUCCUCCGCAAAAUGCGAACAAGCCUGCGGAUGGCAGUGCUGGCGGUAAAGACGAGGAGUGGAUUUUAGCCGUCGUCACCAAAUGCAUCAAUCAGGACAAGAAUCGAUACGAAGUACAGGAUGCGGAACCACAAGAUGAUGGCCAACCAGGGCUAUUCUACAACACGACAUUGCGUGCUAUCAUACCUCUUCCAGACCCAACAGCACCACCAGACAGCGCUGCACACCUAAAUGCCUACCCAGAAUUCACCGCUGGCUCGACAGUUAUGGCGCUGUAUCCUGAUACGAGUUGUUUCUACAGAGCAGAAGUCGUUGCAAGCCCACGGGAUCUGCAGCCUGCCGGGCGAGCUGGUUCCUCGUCAAAACAUCUAGCACUGCCGAUGUACAGGCUGAAGUUUGAGGAUGAUGAUGAUCAGGUUCACAGCGUCAGUGCACAGUGGGUGGUUGAAUGGCCUGGUGGUACUUGAGUGCAAUUAUUCUAUUUGCUGAUCGCCAUCAUUAUUUUUCGCUUAAUUGUGAACUCACCGCAAUGUUCAUCUAAUAUGGUUUAAUGGCUAACACACGUGUACUCGCCCGGUGUACAAUUCCGAGUGUCCAAAUUAAUAGUUCCAAC